AUGGAACCAGGAAGAUCAGCCCCUAUGCCGCCCAAGGAUCCCGAGUCGGCUUUGCCUUCAAUCUACGAUGAUUUUCUACGGCCCUUGGAUAAAUUCGGACAGUCGAUAGAUCUGAAAUUCUCGUUCGAAAAGAAUCUUAUGGUCUUGGUAGAUGAUAUAUCUACCGGAAAUACGAAGGAGAAUCUUCCACAUUAUGACCGCGGCCAGAUCACGAAACGUUUCUGCAUCUUUGGACUGGUAUUUGCAUGGCUGGUAAUCAUUGCUUGUACGGCGCUAGGAAUUUUGUGCGCUGUACAAGUCCCGGGAUUUAUAUAUCCGACAGCAUUAUCUUACCCUACCACGGUAGCUCUUUCAUUUAUCGCCAAUUUACUUGUCGCUCUUAGCACCGAUGCUCUAGGAUACAUUCACGGUGUUUCUCUGAGAUGGGCAUUAUUCAGAGACGGUCGUCUCCACUUCAACACCAACUUAAGGUUGUUCACAAGUACUCCAAAACAUACUCCAAACCGAUGGCCUGUGAAUAUUGUCUGUAUAUUUUCCCUCGUCAUAUGUUAUGCAGCACCGUCUCAGCUGCUGUUGAGCCUAGACACCGAAAAUGUUUUAGACGUAACUUGUCUCAAUGGCUUUGCCUUGCUUGCGUUGGCUCUAGGUUUACUCAACAUGGCGCUUCUCGCCACUUGGAUCAUGUUGUCGUCUUCUAAUGAGAUGAUUACAUGGAGUUCAAACGCUCUGAACAACGCCUUGGCUAUCUUGCAUCAUCAACUUUGCGUCGAGCCCAACAGAUGUAUGACAGCUGUAAAUGGUCCGAGAAUUUGGCCUGUGGGUUCCAAACCGCUGAAGAGACAACCUUGCGCUAAAGUUGCACAUCCAGCAAUGCGCUAUGUUGUCAUAUUGUCAUGGAUAUGGCCGUUUAUAGUCAUUGUUUGGUUUGUUGUACUUGCGCUCCUUAGCAUAUAUCGGUUUCAAGAGAGCUUCACGCUCGCGACGAACCUCGGUUCCAAUAACCUCGAUUCCAACAUCGACGUGGUGUUUCAAUUGGAUCCUGACACUCCUUCGAUGAAAGAUCUUUGGCCGGUUCCACUGCUCGUCAACUUUUUUAUUCAAUGCAUCGUGCAGGGUGUUCAAAGUCUUGGGUUUCAUUCAAUUGAACUGAUUAUCGGCAUGGAAAGAGAUGAAAUGGCAUGGAGAGCUGCUGGCAAGUCUCAAACAGGUGCUCGGAUGAACACCAACGCAUUCAUUUCAAUACUCAAGAAUUUGCCGAGUAUAGUCUUAUACAUCUCUAAACCACUUAUGCACUGGGUCUUGGGUCUAGCAACACGGGCUGUAAUCGCGGACGAUAACAGUAUCCCGAGACGAUAUUAUUACGCUUGCGGCUUUCGGUACCCGAUGGUCUUUGUCUAUCUCAUCUUUACCAUUGCACUUGCAAUCUUGACCACUUUCAUUGCGUACCGUAAGCCACGAGGACCUCAGCCAGCAGCGUAUGGCCAUUAUCAGACUUUGAAUAAUCUCAUCGAUGAUUGGACUGUUGACGAAAAGGGUUCUUUCUGGUGGGGUGACAAGGGAGUUGGUCCGACUGGAAUGAGGCAUGCGGGUACUAGCAGCAAGAAACAGUCUCUUGGGGAGAUUCGAAUGGAUGCGCUCUAUCUCUAAGGGAGAGUAUGUUCGAGUCAACGCACUGGGAGACACAACCAUUGGGACCUGUGUCCCCUCGCUCAUCCUAACAUUGGGUGUCUUCAUGAGAACCUGUACGAGCGGUGUUGGGCGAUGUUCAUAGAA